AUGUUAAAUUUUGAAGAAGUACAUUUAGCUAUAGCGGUACGAAAAUUCGUUCACCAGAAAGAUAUGUCGGAAUAUUGUAGACGGCGUGUUGUACCUUCUGUAUUCCUUGGUAAACAUGUGGUGGAAGCCAAUUCACAAAUAUUGCACUUUUCUCAACUAGAAAUGCCGUAUAGUUGCUCUAUUAGUGUUAGGACUGAAUUUGGCAACAAUAUAAUUUUAGUAGUUCAGUUAUUAUCAGAACGAAGUUUGGCGAAGUCGUGUCUAGUUAAUAAUAACCAGUUGUUAAUUUAUGAACUUGGAGAAACGUUUGGAGGAUACUGGGGUGUUAUCCCCGAUACUAUGAUAAAACUGCAACCGCAAAACUAUACAAAAUAUUACACUUUAAAAACUACACCUGAGACUGAAAAAACUACUGUUACAGAUUAUGAAUAUGAAUAUGAUGACCAAGAAACAGAUUCAAUGAAACCUCUUUUCUCGCGUACUACUGAUGUUAAAACAGAGGAAGAUUUCAUACGAAUAGAUGUGCCUUUGGUUAAUAUUACUGGUAAUUUGGGACUGGACGAGAUUUCUUCCCAUAGAAGGCUUGAUACUGAUGAAUUUUUUGAUUUGAUUUAUGAUGUGACGCCUAGGAAUGGAGUUAGUUAUGACACAAGCAUUAUACCCCUUGUACAAUUUUCAAUUAAGAAACAAACAGAGGAUCAACGUCGUGGAAAUUAUUUACAACCCAAAUAUGAGCUUGAUUACAGUUAUCAAGGAUUCACGCCAGAUUCAAGCGAAGGUAUUCCUAGUGUAUCUUCAGAGACAAGCAGAUCAACAGAUGAAUCAACACCACUUGAUAUAUUUUUGAAUAACACAAGAUUAAAUAUAAAGAACAGCAUAAAAAAGAAUUUAUCGACAGUGGAAACAACGGAGACACCUCUAACGUCUGUAGAAAUAUCUUCAGAUUCUAUUGACGAGGUUAAAAUUUUCUUUACGUCCUCGAAAACUACUAAACAUGAAAGUGGAUCUCUAGUAAAUCACAAAUCCUUUGAGAAUGUUGUGCAAGCAGCUCCGGAUAUUGCAGUGUUACUCAAUAAAUAUAAUGUAGAGUCGCUUCCUAAAGAAGUAGAAAAUAUGACAAGCCCUAUUCGCAAAAAGCGUUACAUCAAAGCAUUAGAAAUAGAAAACGCACGACCCCGAAAUCUCACUACUCUAAAAACUAUGACAAGAACAACUGAGAAAGUAUAUAGAUACUCUGAUAUGCAAGAUCUUGCACAGCUUGUGGAAUUGGAAGAUGAUGAGAUACAAGGGCGUGUAGCGCUACGCUAUCUACGAAAGUACGUAGGCUCGGCGCUAUUCAAUAUAUGCGAUUACAACGAACCAAAGGCUCGUCAAGUUUAUUUGUUCAAUUCGUCCAGAAUUGUUAUAGCUAUAAGUAAUUUUACGAUGGACAGAAUGACACUAGUGGUGACACCAGCAAGCACUCUCAUGAGCAGUGUCGGCAGGUGUCCGCCAGCGCACCUCGAGUGUCAGGUUGCAGGCACUAGGGUUUGCAUUGACGCGACGAACGAAUGCGACGGUGUGCCGAACUGUGGAGCUUAUGACAUAUAUGACGAGGACCGUCUCCGCUGCGGCUGGUCGUUAGGUCUCCAGCACAAUGUAUGUUUGGCUGCCUGCACAUUCCUCGCAGUUAUUCUAACCAUAUUGUACACAAUUCAUUAUUGGCUCAAGAGAUGCGUCCCCAGGGUCUCUGAAGCGUUCUUCGUUUAUAGCGACGCA